AUAGUUGGAUUCUAUCUAGCAAGUUGCUAACUCCAUUCAAAAUUUUAUCAAGUAUUUUAUUCAGGAGAUGGGUUUUGAAACUGUAUGUUAAUACCAUGUUAUUUCUAUAUACAUUCGAUGUCUAUAAAAUUGUUUCGUGACCUUCCAUAUCUCACGUGGUCAUAUAAUAAACCUGCCGGCAGCCAUCGUUCCUUUCCCUAGAGCCUGCCAUUGCCUUUACUGUGACACCUAUGUAAUUUAUGUAUAUUAUGAUGAUUAUGAUGAUAGAGAUUAUCCACUACAAUUAACUUGUACAAUAAAUUCUCAUUUAUGUAUAAGUUUAAGCUAAUCAUGAAAUUGAGUCAGUGAACAGUUUAUGGAGCAAUUUGACUCUGCCUUUCGAAUUGAUUUCCAUCAAGAACGAGUGCCUUGUAUCCAUUGUGCAAUUCUUUUGUAAGUGUUUAUUAAAUAUACAUAAGAACUCUUAGCUCAUAGAGAAGAGCGCAACAAUACAGGGGCUAAUAUAUCCCGUGCGGGAAACCUCAUUUGCUGCAGUUAAGACUCACAUCUCUUUCGCAUAAAUUUUUACAAUCUUUGAAUUUCUACAACUGAGAUUUGAUUUGAAUGGGCAAAGAACGUGUACAGUAAAUUGAUAAAAUAUCUGGACAGAAAGUUGCGCAAACAAAGUUUCUCUUGGAUGUGCAAAUACACCUGUGUCCUGAUAAUCGAUAACAGCAUUCAAAUAUGUAUUUGGAAAUGUCAUUGGCUAUCACAUUCUGAUUGGAAUGUCAGAGUUAUCAACUGUAUUCACUGAAAAGAGUUUCGGCUUUAAUUUGGAAAAGAGUAUUAAAUUUGUGAAAGAUUUUGAAGUUCUGGACGUUAAGAACGACUUAUGUUCCAGCUUAACAACAACAUUUGUUAAACUAGACAGGCGAUUAGCUAAGUUAUCAUAUUUAUAUUAAUACUGAAAAAGGAGAUCAACGUGAGAGUUUGACAAGUGCGCUACAGUUCAUUGCAGCACUGUUAUUAACCUGUAAUACAGCAACACUGUUGUGUACUGUGUGUACCCAAUUUGUCAAUUUUUCGCAAAGGCACAGCAAAGAUAGCGACAGUGAUUCUUAUACAAUUUUAUUAAGUUAAUUUUAACAAAAAUCUUUACAAGAAAGUAAUUGGAAAAUAGUGAAAAUCGUGCUAACGCUGCUUGCUAUAAGCGCAAAAGAUUCCAUGCAGCGUGGGGAACGUACAGAUUGGGCAAGUUAAAGCACAAGCUGUAGCAACCAACCAUAACUACCUACACAUAUGACUUUAGGCCGCUAAUAGGAAUUUUUGGGCUUGGACGGUUUUACUAUUAACAAAAGUACUACAAAAAGAUGUCCGAUGAUUUUAAAUUAACACCAUUAUAUUUUAUCCUAAAUGGGUGUUGAGGAAACGAAUAAUCCAAAAAUACAGUUUUAAGGAAAUUGCACAGUCUUUACAACGCCCAUCUUUUGUGCGUGUGAGUGAGAAAUUAAAAUGUGGAAUAUGAUGUGCGAUGUAAUGCCAACAAUUUCGGAGGAUAGCAUCUCCCAGAGAUCCUCGCAAUUCAGCGGAGAAGAUGCCAAUUUUGAGCAGCUUAUGGUGUCCAUGUUGGACGAACGUGACAAAUUGAUGGACAGUUUGCGUGAAGCUCAAGAGCGUCUGAGCGAAACAGAAGUGAAGUUACAUGAUGUGGAAAAGGAGCGGGAUAGUUUACAGCGGCAGAUAAAUGCUAACUUACCUCAAGAAUUCGCUAGUUUAACUAAAGAACUUACGCAAGCGCGGGAAACACUACUUGAACGCGACGAGGAAAUAGGCGAGCUGAAGGCUGAACGCAAUAAUACCAGACUGCUUUUGGAACAUCUGGAAUGUUUAGUCGCACGUCACGAACGUUCUUUGCGUAUGACAGUUGUGAAACGACAGGCCGCUGCUCAGAGUGGUGUCUCCAGUGAGGUGGAAGUUCUAAAAGCAUUAAAGAGUCUAUUCGAACAUCAUAAAGCAUUAGAUGAAAAAGUACGCGAACGCCUGCGUUUAUCGAUCGAAAAGAAUAAUUCGCUCGAAGAGGAAUUAAACUCAACCAAAGAAGAGCUUCAGCAAUAUAAAACUGGUGCAAUACAAGCAAAUCGGGAGGUUAGCAAUGAAAAUGGAGUAAUUGAGAAGACUGCAAGCGGACUUAAUGGUGAAAGCAAUGAGUCAAACGAUUAUGCUGCGAAAACGCAUGAGCUGCAAACAAUAAUCGAAAAACAAACCGCUGAGCUUUCGCAAUGGCAGCGACGUGUUUCCGAUUUGAAUAGUAAAAUUUGUGAGAUAGAGGAGAAUUUAAGCAGAACUCAAAAGGAGCUGUGUAAGUCACAAGAACAAUGUUCGAAGCUACAGAGAGAUUUGAGAGAAAAUGUAGCACAGAAGGAAGAUCAGGAGGAACGCAUCACCACUUUGGAGAAACGUUAUCUAAAUGCUCAACGUGAAUCAACAUCUUUGCAUGAUUUAAAUGAGAAAUUGGAGCAAGAAUUGCGCCAUAAAGAAGCACAAAUUAAGUUACAUGAAGAGAAAAUUUGCGCAAUCGAAGAAAAAUUGGAGUUGUCGGAACAAAAAUUGGCUCAGCAGGCGAAAUUACAGCCUGAUAUGGAAGAACAACUUAAAGCACGCAUGGAAGCUUUGACAAAGGUAGGAAAUAAGGCACAAGAACGUCAUGGUUCAGCCGAAGAUCGCAUACAGCGUUUGGAGGCCAAUUUGGAUGAGAAGAAUGCUGAAGUUUUAAGACUGAACCAAAGGCUAAAAAUGAACGAAGAGCACAAUUUAAGGUUGUCGUCCACUGUGGACAAAUUGCUUUCUGAAUCAAAUGAGCGUUUGCAAGUACACUUAAAGGAGCGUAUGCAUGCACUCGAUGAGAAAAAUACAUUGUCGCAAGAAUUGGAGAAAGCACGAAAAAUGGCCGAGGAACUGCAUCACCAGAAGGGUGAAAUUAUGAAAGAAUUGUCUAAGACACGUUUGGAAAUAGAGAAUUUCAAACGACAAUUACUACAGCAAGAGAUCGCUUACAACAUACAACAAACCGAGGCACUAACUCGUAGUCUCUCACCCAGCAGUGCCAUAGACGGUGGCGCUUUCUCACGGAGCACCUCGCAUGCCAGCUUCGAUACGCAUUCGUUGCGUCGCAGUAAAUCGCGCAUGCAAGAAGAAGCCAAUAUUGCACGAUCUAUGGCCGAACAGGAAUGGGAAAAUCUGCAGCAGGCGCAUGCGCAACAAGCCUACGAAAUGUCUGCUGCUGUGGCAGCUGCAGCUGCUGCCGAAUGCGAGGAUAGUGAAGCAGCGGCAGCCGCUGCCAUGUAUGCUGCCUCUGAUAUGAUGUCACCCUCCGGACAUGCGGACGCACAAACCCUAGCGAUGAUGCUGCAAGAGCAAUUGGAUGCCAUUAAUAAUGAGAUUCGUUUGAUACAAGAGGAAAAGCAAUCGACCGAGGCACGCGCGGAAGAGCUUGAGUCGCGCGUAGGCAGUUUAGAGCAUGUAAAUUUGUUAGCGCGAGGCCGUUCAAUGGACCGCCAGAGUCCACCUAUGAGUGGGCGUAGCACACCAAAUAGCCCAAACAGAGAUUUCCUACAAAAGUAUCAUACGUUGAAUUUGCCUGUUUUGUCGAGCGACAUAUCGCGCGAUGACAUACAUGGCAUGUCUACCGCUGGCGAUUCGAGUUCAGGCGGUGCGGCAUCACCACUUACCGCUAGAUCAAUGCGUCUCGAACGCGUCGCGCAAGCGUUGGCACACAGCCAAGAGGAAUUGCGGCGACGUUCGGUAGGCAUAUCACCAAAUCAAGGCAUGGAUCACACAAGUCACGUGCCCUUGCCGCAGCUGAGUAACUACGGCCUAUCGCCACUAAGUUCGCGUUACGGCAGUCAGGAAUCGUUGAGUCGUCAUUACAAUACCAUGGGCUCAAUGACAAUGCUUCAAACACCAACGACUACGGUGGGCCGUGAUGUCGCUUCGGCGGUGCAAAAGAAAAAAGGUAUAAAAUCCAGUUUAGGCCGGUUUUUCAGUAAGAAAGACAAAGUGAAAGGAGUCAAAGAUACGCUACCAGAUGGCUCCACCAGUAUGAUGUCGAUUGGCAAUUUAUCUAUGGGUUUAAGUGAAGGCGAAUCGAAUUAUGACGUAAUGAGUAUGACGGGCGGUAUGGUGCCGCGUAUGAGCAAUAUGUCGGCUUCGAAAAUAUCCUCAGUCGAUUAUGGGCGACAGAAAAAGGAUCAUGACUAUAGAAAUGACUUGUUGGGUGAGGCGAUGAAAGCUGGUACACCUUUUGCGUUGUGGAAUGGUCCUACCAUUGUUGCUUGGUUGGAGUUGUGGGUUGGUAUGCCGGCUUGGUAUGUGGCCGCAUGUAGAGCAAACGUGAAAUCAGGUGCCAUCAUGAGCGCAUUGAGUGACACCGAAAUACAGCGGGAGAUUGGUAUUAGCAAUCCUCUGCAUAGACUUAAACUACGCCUUGCCAUACAGGAAAUGGUUUCAUUAACUUCGCCAUCAGCGCCUCAAACGUCACGUACAACGUUGGCUUUUGGUGAUAUGAAUCACGAGUGGAUCGGGAACUAUUGGCUACCUGGUCUGGGCCUCCCGCAAUAUCGUACCACAUUCAUGGAAUGUUUGGUCGAUGCGCGCAUGUUAGAUCAUUUAACGAAAAAAGAUUUGCGCGGUCAACUUAAAAUGGUGGAUAGUUUCCAUCGUACUAGUCUGCAAUAUGGAAUUUCUUGCUUGAAACGGCUCAACUAUGAUCGCAGUGAGUUAGAGCAUAGGCGUAAAAUGUCUGAGAACGGUUUGUGCGAUGUGUUAGUCUGGAGUAAUGAUCGCGUAAUACGUUGGGUAUGCAGUAUUGGGCUAAAGGAAUAUGCAAAUAAUUUACUAGAGUCAGGUGUGCAUGGCGCACUUGUAGCUUUGGAUGAAAGUUUCGACUCAAAUGCGAUGGCAUUGGCUUUACAAAUACCAACACAAAAUGCACAAGCACGUCACACUUUAGAUCAAGAAUUCAAUAAUUUGCUGCAAAUUGCCACAGAUCGAAGGCCGGAGAAUGAACAGCAUAGCAAUUCUUGAUCCAACUACGGUAUUACGGUCGAUAUGGCUGAGGAAUAAAAUAGCAAACUUAAUUGAAAACUCAAAAAUAGCAGCAACAGCUGCAAUGACAAGCAGCUUGCAAUAGAAACAACAGCAACAAAAGCCGUGAAUAGCAUAAAUCAUUUGGCAUGCGUUUACGUACGCGCAUAUACACCUACAUACAUUUACGUCGCAUAGCGCUGUAGUAUACAAAUGCAAACCAACAUUAUGGUGCAUAGUAUUCGCAUAUUUCAUUUAUAUGAAAACAAGAUAAAAGAAAUAAUAAUAAUUUGGCAAAGUCAUAUGUUGCAGUGAUAUUUUCGAGCGCCUUGUUGACUGUAUUUAAUAUGUUUCUAUAUUUCAUUUCAGUAAGCAAGGCUAACACAUGUCAAAUGUAAUCACUACAUUCAUGCAUACCAUUUAUUAUACUUAUAAUAAGUAUAUGUACGAAAUUCAUUCAUAUUUAACUAUAUUAAAAAAAAAAAAAAAACAACAA